CGCCUCUCGCUCCCGGGUGACGUAGGCCGGCCGGCUGUUGAUAUUGCCGGCUGUUGCUAUGGUAACAGGGCCGGUUUGCUUGGCUGGGCCUAGGAGGAGUCAACAUGGGGAGCUCCCGAGAGCAGGUCAGAGGCAGGAGCACCUUUAAUAGGAGCUCCUCCGUGGGUGGUGCACUGGCGCUUCCCGGAGCCAAGGUGGCCCCGGGAGAGGCGGGGGAAAGAAGGGAAGCCGCAGGAGGGAGGGAACUGCGGAGCAGCAGAAAAGGCCGAGGGGCCGGUGGGGCGGAGGGAGGUAGCACCGCCAAACAAGGGGAGAAGAUGGGCAAGCUUCAGGAAGCUGGGACUCCCCCCCCCCAAUCCUGCAAGGACCGACGGAAGUUAAAAAAAAAGCAAAAACAAAAAUGUUUUCUUUUUAAAACAUCUGUUUACUGCUCUUUGGCCAAAAAAGCCUCCCGGGACGUCUUACCUUAAAAGAAAAGAAAAGAAAAAUCGAACGGACUCCUCAUCCUUGGAGGUUUUUUAGCAGAGGUUGGAAGGCUAUCUGUCAUGGAUGCUUUAGCUGACAUUCCUGCAUCGCAGGGGGUUAGACUAGAUGACCAUCGGGGUCCCUUCCAACUCUUCAGUUCUAUGAUUCUAACAAAUGCAUACCAGCCAGUGACUCCAAAGCAAAGAUUUAAACGCGAGAGAGCAUCCAAACCCACAGAAGGGCUUGUGCGACCUGGCAGGGGUUGAGCCCCAAUGGUUCUGCGCCAGUGCCCCAAAUGUGGGUUGAGGUGUUUCUUGAGAGGCUGGUGAGGUUUCCUGUCAAACAAGGCAGGGUGAUUUUCAAGGGCCGGAUCUGUGUAGGGAGGGGUAGGAAAGAGAGGCAGCUGAACUGCCAUUAGGCAGUGUGAGGGCGGAACAUAAGUGGACCGGGAUAAACCACAGACACAGAGGGUGCAGAUGCUGACACCCAAGGUGGGGGUGGGAGAGGUGAGAUCAUCCCUCCCUCCGCACUUCCAGGCAGCUCUUUUGUGCAACUGCAUUUCCCAUGUACUUUGUGGUGAAGCUUUUUACAAGUGAAUUGUGGCAGCGGGGCUAGUGGGAUGUCUCCAAUCAAUGAAUGAAGAGUGAUACUCCCUGCCCCCCCAUAUGAAAACAGGAACUGUUCCACAUUGCCUCUUUAGUUAUAUUGUACUGCUGUGAUCAAAACUGUUUACAAGGUUGUGGAGUGGGAACACCAGCAGUAGCUACAGUGUAAGAAAAGUCUUGGGGAUUGAUUUGUUUAUUUAAGACCAUCCAUGGCAUGACACCUUACAAUUAACAGGUGGGGCAGGUCCCUAGCGCAAUCUAAAAGAAACAGAUGCAUGAGUAGGUGGGGAAGAAUGUAUGAUUAUUUAAAUUAUACACACUUUGCCCUAGUGACAAUAAUCUGGAGAUAAUUCAAAGUGGGGUGUCACAUGUCCCUUGCACACUCAGGUACAGGCCACUCCUAGUUACCUAACUAGAGGUUUCAGUACACCAAGCCCCAAGUAAUGUGCAAGCCCUGUUGAAGGAAAACAGAUUUUGCUGCAGCAGUGGUAGACUGCACAAAAAGAAAUAACAGCUGGUCUUGAUACUUACAUCUCUUCCUUCUUUCAGUGGGGAGAAGUACAUGGUAUUUUGUGUUACUGUCUUUAACAGCUGCAGCACUUGUUAGAUGUGAAACUGGUUGAAAAAGUUUCUGUGUAGCUCCUUUUAAAUUUAUUUGCGGAAUUCAUUUAAGAAGCAACAAAAAAGUUUGAGUACUUCAAAAUAACAUUUCCCCCCUUCUUUGAAGAGAUUUCAGACUUGAGUAUGGAGAUGUAUGAGAUCCUCGGAAAAGUGGGAGAGGGAAGUUAUGGAACGGUAAUGAAAUGUAAACACAAGGAAACAGGACAUAUAGUUGCCAUUAAGAUAUUUUAUGAGAAGCCUGAAAAGUCCGUCAACAAAAUUGCAAUGAGAGAGAUAAAGUUCCUGAAGGUUUGCUUUUUUUGUUGCCGUUUUGAAAAUCAAUGCCUUGAUAUCCCCAGAGAUCAAAUAUGCAUACUUGUUACAUAUAUCUUUUAAUUAUUGCCUACUGAACACAUAUCAGAAAAAGGGAAGGGAUAGUGUUUGUGUCAGAUUUAUUUUGUUGCUAUGCUUUAAAAUUAGAACCAGGAUGUCAGUUGAUUUCUGAGUACUGUACAUAGAUAUGCUCUAGUCUCCUUGUUUGGAGGUCUUUAAGCAGAGGCUUGACAACCAUAUGUCAGGAGUGCUCUGAUGGUGUUUCCUGCUUGGCAGGGGGUUGGACUCGAUGGCCCUUGUGGUCUCUUCCAACUCUAUGAUUCUAUGCUCCGGUGAAUUCAGUGGUAUUUUAGUGCUAAGUGUUCCAAUAUGAGUUUCUUCCAAGAUUUUCUUCACAACCAUGAAGGCUGAAAACUUGCUUUUUCAUAAGUGAUAAUAGAUUUUCUGAUAUUCAGAUUAGAAACCUUAGACGUUGUGUUAAUGUUGAAAAUAUAUAGAGCCUUAUGUAGGCAAACAUAAGCGCUAUUCCUUUUCUUAUUGUUAAUAGUAAGACACAUUGUGAAAUUAUUUUGUGUUGCUACCAGUUAAAAUAAUUAUGCCUCACGUAAAGGAAUAAAAACACAGUGGUAGAAUGUUUAAUAGACCUUAAAUGAAGUAAACUAUAUGUUAAUUAUUCAUAGAAUAAUUUUAUAGCUAUAGUUAAAGUUAUUUUUCUUAAUCUCUCCAUAAAUGAUAAAACAAAGUUUAUAAAUACGUAUUGUAUUUUCCCAAUAAAGUACUAGGGAUAUGUUUGUUAAAUCACUUCAAAUUGUGUAGGCUCAAAUUAAUUGCGAGAAAGUAGAUGAAUUGCAAAACUCUUACAAAGGGAAGAAGAACAGAAGUUUGUUUCCUCUUUUGUCAACAGCAAUUUCGUCAUGAAAAUUUGGUCAAUCUGAUUGAUGUCAUUAAACAGAAAAAGAAAAUCAACUUAGUCUUUGAAUUUAUUGACCAUACAAUUUUAGAUGAGCUACAGCAUUACUCUCAUGGACUGGAUAAUAGAAGACUUAAAAGGUAUCUCUACCAGAUUCUUCGAGCAAUUGACUAUCUUCACAGCAACAAUGUAAGUACCCUAUAAAAGUCAUGGAGAAAAAUCAAAGGUUGAAACAGAAUAAUCUCAAUCUGAAUAAUUUAUCACAUCUUUUAUUGACAGAGGUUUAUCUGCCUUUAAUAAUUUCAGGAUAUUAAGCUCAACAGAUGCUGUUUUCCCUAUUACAGAAGUUCAAGAAAAACUAUACCUGUUGUGUUUCUGUUAAUCACCUGUUUAAAGUGCAGGAGAAAAAUAUCCUCUUAUUUGCCUCAUGUAUAUGGUCAUGAAUGUAAACGCCACAUAAUAUGUUUUGUUUAUGGACCAAUCUGUUCAUAUUCUUCUUUCUGCCUUAUUCCCAUUAUGCUCUAUAAUUUCAACAUACUGUAGAUACAGUAGAUAAAGUUUGAUAUUCUUCAUUACUGAGAAUACAUGGUGAAACAAGGCUUUUGUAAAAACUAUUGCAGUUGUGAAAAUACAAAACUAUUGUACGGUUUUUAAAGAAGAAAUAUCAUUAAGGUAUAGGAGGCUGCAAAAUUAGAAAUCAAACAAUGUCCAUACUUUGGCAACAGCUGUGGCACUGAUUUACAGCAUGUGCUGUCACAGGAUAGCACACUUAUGAGUUCUGUUCAUUGCAAAUGCUCUUAUCCAACUGCAUUGCAAGCUUCAGGAACUAACACUGCAUCAGAAAAAUCCUGUGAUAAUGGCAUAGCACAUACCCACCUGAUAGAAGUGCUGAGUAUAGUUCUAUACUUUCCUUUUAAGUAGACCCAGCUUAAUUCAGUGGGACCUACUUCUGACUACACAUGCAUAGGCUUGAGCUGUCAAAACAGUUUCAUUUUUCUCACCAAUCAGUCUUUGGAAUUAUAGUUUUGUGAGGGAGGCAGGGAUUUCUCAUAGAGAAUUCUCAGUACCCUCACCAAAUGUCAGAGGAACAUGAAAUAAGCUUGAUUUUAAAUGUAGAUAUGACCAUAGACUUUAGUUUUGUUCCAGGUACACUUUUCCUCAAAUCCAGAUUUUUUAUAACACCAGAAUAAUUAUUUUCUUACUAUUCUCUGAGUUCCGUUUCUUCCUAUAGCUUCUCUCCAUAUCUCAAUUUAAUUGUUUGAUGGGCAAAACUUGCCUGUUUAUUUCAUAACUUUGGGUAAUCAAUUAAUUUUCCUCCUUAAAAAUAAACUUCUUUGUUCCUCAGCUGAUUCUUAAACUUUUUUUGUUCAACUGAUUUUGUUCUUAAGCUUUAUUCUUAUUUUGCCAGGUCAUUCAUCGUGAUAUCAAACCUGAGAAUAUUUUAGUUUCACAGACUGGAAUUACUAAACUUUGUGAUUUUGGAUUUGCUCGGACCUUAGCAGCCCCUGGUGACAUUUAUACUGAUUAUGUGGCCACACGGUGGUACAGAGCUCCAGAGUUGGUAUUAAAAGAUACUACAUAUGGGAAGUAUGUAUUUUUUAAAAUCCUGUUAAUGAGCCUGCAUUGGACAGCACUUUAUCUUAUAUUUAGAUAUUCAAGAAGGUAACUGUUAAAGGAUAUUCACAUGAAAGCACUGAAAAAACAAAUUUAUAUAAACUUGGCUGCUGUGGGGCAUAGCAGAGGGACAUGAGAUGGCGCCCUCACGCACAUUUAAACAGCAACUCCUCUUUUGAUGAAGGGUGAGAUUGAUAAAAUAUCCCAUCUUAAUAAUUCACAUAACAUUGUUCAUAAUCCUACACAACUGUACAUACAGAAUUGGAUUCAGGGACAUGAAAAAACAUUUACCUUUACAUAAAAUGUGUCUACUAGUGAAGGUUUCUGCUAUUUGCUAUAUUUUGAAAUUGAAGUAGUUGUGUUACACUGGGAUUACAUCCUAGUAUUAUUUUAUGUUUACAAGUCUCAUUGAUUUCAGUGGAACAUAGAUGCACAUAAUAGGCAUGAUACAAUUAGGCUAACAAUUUCCCCAGGGCCAACUGCAGUGUCAGUCCCAGAUUUUGGAGAGCACAAGGGCAAAAUGCCCUGAGUAGGUCUAACUCUUUAGCACUGUCACCACAGACCAUUUACUUGCCCCCCCCAAUAGCCAGUCUGUACCACUAUCCAGAAGGAGAGAGCAGGUUGAAUAGAGGCUCCUUCUCCUUCCUCUUGCCACUGCUAUUAAGCCUGGAGAAGGCAGGUAGCUGUAGCAGGAAGGAGAAUGAGAAGGGGGCUCUGGGUGUCAGCAAUAGUCUAUUUCUGUGGUGUAGGCAUUGGCAGACGUCUUACAAUAUCACAGCUUGACCAACUGUGAAAGUCCCCUGUGGUGUAUAGGUAUAUUGAGAGACGUCUGAAAGAGAUUCUGAUUCCAGCCUUAUGUAAAAUUUAUCCCAAGUUCCAUUGAAAUCAUUGUGAUGCAUGCCAACACAAUGCAUUUAGGGCUGGGGUGCUGCCAGGCUGCAGUCCUCAAAGUACUUACUGGAAGUCAGCAGACUUCCGUGGACAAUAAAAUUUGACCGUUGUGCCCUUGGCUUUUGCUAAUUGUCCAUGUUUUUAGUUUCAUUUUUUUGUACUCUUAUAAACGUUUCAAUUUUUUCUUUAAAUUUCUUAUUUAAAAGAUUUAGCUGACUUUAUUAUAGCUCCAGUCUCUGUAUUGUUGAGCACUUUGUUCAUUUCCUGAUCUUAGACCUGUGGACAUCUGGGCUUUAGGUUGUAUGAUCAUCGAGAUGGCCACUGGCAACCCCUAUCUACCCAGCAGCUCUGACCUAGACCUACUUCAUAAAAUUGUGACCAAAGUAGGUAGGUACUGCUGCAGAUGAUCUCUGCAGAAAUCAUUGUAGUAAAAUGUUGUUCAUUGCUACUCUAAGCUCAAUAAUUAGCCAUUGUACAUCUCUACACAAGGUUUGGGCUUUAAAUCACCAUUUCUUAAUUAAGGGAAGUGGAGGAAAUAUAUUAUUCACCUAAAAAAAAAAGAAAUCAUUUGCCAUCAAAAGCUACAGACAGAAUUCUAGAAGGAAUCUGCUCAACAUAACCUUCUCUACAGUUCAGUAGUUCUGUCUGUGUUCUCCUUUGAUGCAAAGAGCAGCUUUGGGUGAAGGAGGGAGCGUUUGGAUCAGGAAACUGGCGUAUGAGAAAAUGUUAACUUCCCUCUCACUCCCGGUGGUGUAGCAGUGAUCCAUUUUGCCCCCCUCAUCACCAGCCAAAUUGCUUUUACAUUUAGAGAAAAUAAAAUAAAAGAUCCAGGAGAUUUACUGCAGUCUUUUCUAGUUUGGUCCUCCUGAGCAGCUGAGCAGAUUGCUCCUCCAUUUCUCCAUAAGUAAAUUUACUUUACUUUACUUUACUUUACUUUACUUUACUAAAUGUCUAUACCUCCAUAAUCUAAGGAUCACAGGGUAGUUUAGAAUAUUAAAAACACAAAAAUAUAUAACAUAGUAAGAAGCAAAAACAAUAUCCCCACAGUUUUAUUAAAUUAGAACACUUAGACCAUGCACUUUUAAACACGUUUGUCUGAAUUACUUAUUUCAGUGGAUCUUACUUGUACAUUGCUUAGAGACCCAUGGAGUCAAGUGCUACAUACAUUACGUCUUAAAUAAAUAACAAUAUAGUUUAUAUACUAGUGUUAUGAUUAGGUGUUGAGUUAUAACAUAUCCUGAGUUCUCUAGUGGCAGUGUAGGAGGGAUGGCCAUGGAUACGGGGUGGCUUUUAACAUAUUGACCCCUUUCUAUUGGAAUCAUUUCAAGGGAAAUUACCGUAUUUUUCGCUCCAUAGGACGCACUUUUUCCCCUCCAAAAAUGAAGGGGAAAUGUGUGUGCGUCCUAUGGAGCGAAUGCAGGCUUUCGCUGAAGCCUGGAGAGCGAGAGGAAUCGGUGCGCACCGACCCCUCUCGCUCUCCAGGCUUCAGGAAGCUAUCCGCAAGCCUUGCAAGCCCGGUGGGAGUUCCCGCGGGCUCACAAGGCUUGCAGGCAGCAGCCUGCAGCCCCGGCGAGUGUCCGCAAGCCUUGCGCGCCCGGCAGGAGGUCCCGCCGAGCGUGCGAGGCUUGGGGUGGCAGCUUGUCGCCCGAAGCACGGGAGCCCUCCGGAGGGCUCCCCGUGCUUGGGCGAGUGUCUGCAAGCCUUGCGCGCCCGGCAGGAGGUCCCGCCGAGCGCGCAAGGCUUGGGCGGCAGCCUGUAGCCCGGAGCACGGGAGCCCUCCGGAGGGCUCCCCGUGCUCGGGCGAGUGUCUGCAAGCCUUGCGCGCCCGGCGGGAGGUCCCGCCCGGCGCGCAAGGCUGGGGCUGCAGCUUGUCGCCGAGCACGGGGAGCCCUCCGGAGGGCUCCCGUGCUCGGGCGAGUGUCUGCAAGCCUUGCGCGCCCGGCGGGAGGUCCCGCCCGGCGCGUAAGGCUUGGGGCUGCAGCUUGUCGCCCGAAGCACGGGGAGCCCUCCGGAGGGCUCCCGUGCUUCGGGCGAGUGUCUGCAAGCCUCGCGCGCCCGGUGGGAGGUCCCGCCGGCGCGCGAGGCUUGGGGCUGCAGCUUGUCGCCCGAAGCACGGGAGCCCUCCGGAGGGCUCCCGUGCUCGGGCGAGUGUCUGCAGCCUUGCGCGCCCGGCGGGAGGUCCCGCCCGGCGCGCAAGGCUUGGGGCUGCAGCUUGUCGCCCGAAGCACGGGAGCCCUCCGGAGGGCUCCCGUGCUCGGGCGAGUGUCUGCAAGCCUUGCGCGCCCGGCGGGAGGUCCCGCCCGGCGCGUAAGGCUUGGGGCUGCAGCUUGUCGCCCGAAGCACGGGGAGCCCUCCGGAGGGCUCCCGUGCUCGGGCGAGUGUCUGCAGGCCUUGCGCGCCCGGCGGGAGGUCCCGCCCGGCGCGUAAGGCUUGGGGCUGCAGCUUGUCGCCCGAAGCACGGGAGCCCUCCGGAGGGCUCCCGUGCUUCGGGCGAGUGUCUGCAAGCCUCGCGCGCCCGGUGGGAGGUCCCGCCGGCGCGCGAGGCUUGGGAGGUAGCCUGCAGCCCGAAGCACGCGAGGCUUGGGGCGGCAGCCGCGGGGGGGGGAUAAUUUUUUUUAUUCAUUCCCCCCCCCAAAACGAGGUGCGUCCUAUGGACCGGUGCGUCCUAUAGAACGAAAAAUACGGUAUUAUGCGAGGUCUAGAGGCUGGUGUAAAGUUAUACUGUUGACGCAGGAGUCUCCAUAGAUCAGAGGUAUACAAUACAUUAUAAGUGUGGUCCUCCCUCCUGCUGCCUUGUCCUACACAUGACUGCACUCCAGUUUAGACCCUCCACCAGUUUAUUGUUGUGACAGAAAAGCCUUGAGGUGUUCUAUGUUGCUGUGUAUCUUGUGUUCCAUUGAUAGAGCAGAGCCCCUACUAAAUCUUAUACUCUCAGCUGGCAUUACAGAAGUGUGGCCUUAGUAUUCCAACUAUUUUUUCCCUUUUGGAGCAAAUAUCUUGUUGUUGAAGUUUGGGAAUGAAGAAAGAUUGAAGUUUGUACAUCGAUUUGAGCUAAUUCUGCUUUUUCCCGUUGCUUUCCAUAUUCCUAAUAAAUGUUAAAUAAUUUGACGAGAUUAGGUCUGCAUGCGGAGUUGCUAACCUAUUCUGGGUUUGCAGGAACUGGUUGGAGUACAGUGGUACCUUGGGUUACAGACGCUUCAGGUUACAGAUUCUGCUAACCCAGAAAUAGUACCUCAGGUUAAGAACUUUGCUUCAGGGUGAGAACAGAAAUCGCAUGGCGGUGGCAGCGGGAGACUCCAUUAGCUAAAGUGGUACCUCAGGUUAAGAACAGUUUCAGGUUAAGAACGGACCUCCAGAACGAAUUAAGUACUUAACCCGAGGUACCACUGAAUGUGCUUGCCUCACUUGAGCAAAGUAGAGGGACAAGAGGGCCGGGCUUUUUUACACAAGUGUUGUGUUGAAUGAGUCUUAAGUACAAUUACGUUAAGAUCCUCACCAAUAUUAUUUUAGGUUACAAUCCUAUAUACAUUUACCUUGAAGUAAGUCCUACUGAACUCUGUGGACCUUACUUCUGUAUAGGAUUGCACUGUUAGCAUAAAUGAAUGUGUGUGAACGUUUUGUCAAUUUCAGUCAUAAGAAGCAUGCUCUGUUUUUCAAAGUGUCAGGAGUGCACCUGAAAUUCAAUUGAUUUUUGUCAACAAAAUGUACCUUUUAUCUGACACAUUAAUGCUUAUUGGGUUUCUUUCUUUCUUUCAGGCAACUUGACACCUCACCUUCAGAAUAUUUUUAUAAGGAGCCCAGUUUUUUCAGGGAUGGUCCUUCCUGAAGUUCAGCACCCUAAAAGUGCAAGGAAAAAGUAUCCCAAGCUCAGUGCCCUGGUUGCAGAUAUGGUUCAUGUAUGUCAGAAGAGGUCUGAGUAUCAAGCUUACUGAUGAUCAUUAUUUGUAGCCUGGUAUAGUUUGUGUUCUGUAAUUGACAUAUCAGUGUUUCUGUGUAUUUAGGAUUGACCUACAGACCUGUGGUAUCCCGACUCCCCACCCCCACACCCCUGCUUUCUCACUGACUCCCCCACUACAGAUGAUAAGUAGGCUAUGUGGAUUACUUGAAAUCUCUGUCCAGGCCUCAUUAAUUAUCACUUUUAUACAUUUCAGAAUCUCUUGGUAGGACCAUGAGGUUUCAUUUUUCUAAUUUCUCUCCUGCUGCUGUUAAAGAAAAGUUUAUCCUAAAAGCUUAAAUGCCAGAAGGUUAAGAAAGCCACACUUAUUUACUGUAUUUCACAGACAAAAAUCUGUUUCAUUUUAAACGAUUGUUUUACCACACUGAAAAACUAUUUUGUGCCUUUGAGUUCAUUUGGUAUGGGCAAUGUGUGUGAUGCUCUGUUUUUUGAUGAUUGAACCUACCAUUCAUUCUCUUAUAUUAGGAAAUACUGUAUUUUUCUGUAUAUAAGACGCCCCCAUAUAUAAGACACCUCCUAUUUUGGGGGACUCAAAAUUAAGGAAGCACUACCCAUGUUUAAGACGAUUUUAAACUUAAUUUUUGGGUAAAAAAACCUAGUCUUAUACACAGAAAAAUACGGUAACUGGUGUGGUUGUUUUUAAAAAACACACACCUUCAAAUUUAUUUAAAUUCUUUGGCAGAAGUUUAAGAGCAAAAUUUUAAGGCAACUUUUUGAUAAUGUCUUUAUCAAAGAGAAUGUUAAAUUUCCUAAAGUAUAAGCUGUUUUUCCUUAUGACAACAACUAAUUCCAUGUUGCAUGCUAUUCUCUGGGUGUUAUCCUAAAUACAUUAUUUUCAAGUAGAAUCUGUCCAUUAGAAUCUAAAUUCAGGAAGAAAGAAUCUUUAUGAGAGUUUUUAUGGUUGAAAUAAGAGACCUAAGAACUUCAUUCAGCAGUUUAAUCCUCUGAAGGAUUCUGUUGAAUUUUAAAUGGCUUAUUACGUGUAUCUACAUUGCUAAUGUAGGCAACCCUACAAUGGAAUCAGUUGGAGCUAUGGGUAUGCUUACAAAUGUAAGUUCAGUAACUAAGGGCUUGUCCACACUUCUGUUAGUGGCAUAAUUUCUAGGCACAGUCUGUGAUUUUUAGGCAUGGGUAUGAGAAUGGUUCCCCACCACCACCACCACUGUCCCUGGGAAAACCCGCUGUUUAUUGCUGAAUUGGAACAAACUUCAGUUGGGUUGAUACACAACAGUACUGCACUUGAUGAGCCUUCUAAACCCCAUGGUUGUUUUGUCUGGUAGUGGCUAUGAAAGAACUGCCAAGGCCGCUGUGACUGGCCUGCAAUGUGGCAUCAGUUGUCUUAUCCAAGCCUGGUCUUUGUCACUUGAAACAUUGCUCAGAGCAAUCACAGCAACACUGGCUUUUGUUGCAUGGUCGCUGGGCCAAACAGUAUCCUGGCUCCAAAAUAGGGUUUGCAAUGGCUCAGCUGUGGUAAAUUGUACUGGAAGAUCUAGUUGAAAUUUUGAAGCAUGCUAUUAUAGUCAAGCCCAAUUCAAUCAAAAUGAGAACAACAUCAGUGUAAAUAAAUCAGUCAUCCUGUAUUUUCUGGUGUCAUCUUGAAAGAUGUUCCAUUAGGGUUCCUUGUAAUAUUUUAAUUGCAAAAUGCAUUUUCCUAUUCUUUUUCUCUGAUGUGUUUCUGCAAACAUGCUUCUAGGCAGUGUUUGUUUGUCAGAUCUUAGCUUGAAGUCAUUUUUUAAUAGAGAAUUAUGUAAAUGUUGAAGAAGGUGCCAUUACAAAUGUAACAAAUCAUUCAUGACAACAGCAAUGCCAGGCACGCUUGCAAUGAUGUGCAUUGCACUGCUAUUAUUCAUACAUGAACAAAAGUCUAAAGUAUUCGAUUCACAAACAUAACAAGACAUGCCAUGAUAAAGUGUCCUUACCAGCAGUAAUUUCUUUAGCACUGAUAGGAUUGGUUUUUAGAAAAUGAAGGCUCUUAUUUAUUCUGUGAAAGGUUAAUGAAGUCAAGGUUCUGUAAGUCACAGAAUGAUAGUAUUCAUGAACCAAUAAUGGCACUGGCCAAACAUGGAGAUGCUAUGGCAUCUUCAGUUUGUUACACAGUUCUGUUCCAUAUUAAACAAUGCUGGCGAUACAAGCAAAGUACAGUGGUACCUCGCAAGACGAAUGCCUCGCAAGACAAAAAACUCGCUAGAUGAAAGGGUUUUUUGUUUUUUGAGCUGCUUUGCAAGACGAUUUUCCCUAUGGGCUUGCUUCGCAAGACGGAAACGUCUUGCAAGUUUGUUUCCUUUGUCGUAAAACCGUUAAUACAGUAGCGUCUUGACUUCGAGGAGCAACUCAUAGAACAGCGGUGUGGUAGCCUUUUUUGAGGUUUUUAAAGACUUUGGUGAUUUUUGAAGCUUUUCCAAAACUUUCCCGACACCGUGCUUUGCAAGACAAAAAAAAUCGCAAGACGACAAAACUCGCGGAACGAAUUAAUUUCGUCUUGCGAGGCACCACUGUAUUUUGUGCAAAGAAAGUGAUAGCUAUGUUGCUCAUUGGAUGCCUUUGUGUUAAACUUACAAAAGUAUUGGACUGAGUCCAUUAAGUUAUAUUUCUGCUCAAAAGCACAAUAAAGAUUAAGGAAUAAAACUUUGAUUUGCCAUAGCAUCAUCCCAAAACAGCUACUCCUGCCUGAACAGUGUGCUAUGUGGGCCAAUUAUAUAAUGUUAGGCAACAUUUGCUCCUUGAUAAAUAUGGAGCAGCUGGCUGAUGGGCAGCAUUGCUCCAGAAAAAUAGGCUUGCAUGCUCCUCACUUCUCUGAGGAAUCAGAAGUUCCAAGGACAGUUUCAUUUUCUUUGGAAGAGAGCCCUGGAAACUUACACUGUCCUUGUGAUAGCUGUUGUAUUUACAAAGGUGCAAGCUGAGCACGUGGAAGAGGUAUGUCACUCUCAAUGACAGGCAGGAAGCCUGGUGUUCUUGCUUGACAUCCCCAAAACAACUUUAGGCAAACUCGCUGUCUCCCAGGCUGCUUCCUUCCAGUCCAGCUAACUACAGAGUGCUCAUCCUUCUCCCCCAACUCAAAACUGCAGAUCCCUUUCCCGCCAGGCUACCCCCCUGUUGAGCACUGACCAUAGACCCCCUUCCUUGCAGGUAAAUUGUCCACCGGGAGAGGGAACCCUCCUAAUCAUUACUUUUCAUUGGGGAUCUGCCCUCACCACUUGCAAGCAAACAGCUUAACAAAGAAUAAAUAUGAAUUAGCAAGGUAUAAAUAUGAAUUAGCUGCUCCGUGAGCUGCAUACUUUUAGAUAUUAAUUCAUUCAGAGCAACACCUUUGUAAACAGAGAGCUGGCACAUUUUGUUGUUUUAAUUUCCAGGGUCCUGGCAACCAGAUCGAUUUUCCAAUUUCCAUUAAUUGUAUUCACUCUUCUUUUAAAAAGCUCAAAGUAGCUUUUGUGUGCACAAAGUAUUUUUCUGUCAUGGAAGAAGAUGAGAAGCUUCUGCUAGAUUUUUAUUUUUUUUUUAAAGCAUGAGUCUUAUUCAGUUCAAAGCAUACCACGAUUUCAUUUUAAUCUUGGUGGUACAGUUUUUCCUGUACAAAGGCAAUGGCAUGAUAGCCACUCCAUCCUUCAGUUUUGCUGGUGCUGUGUCACUCCCAUCCAUCUGACAAUCUGGGUGAUGUCAGGUGUCCAGUGAUUCAUAUACAGUAGAAGACUCAAGGAAAAGAGGGAGAAGCCUUAAGAGGACUCUCCACACUUUUUCUUGACUUAGAGCCAAAUUACAUAUUAUGACAAAUAAAUCACUAGGGAAGGUUGUCAGGUUUGGGGUUUUUUUAAUGGUGUUGGGGAUUUUUUCAUUGGGACCUCAGCACAUGAGGAUGGGAGGUUUAAUCCUUCCAUCCCUAGCUAUGAUAGUGAUAAAAAUUAACUGCUCCGUACAGCUAUUAGUCCUGAAAAAGCUCUAAUUGGCACCAAUGGGAGCUUCCACUCCCCUGCACAAUAGCACUGUGAGGGGGACGUUUUGGUAGCUCACCUUUCAUACGUAUGGAUACCAUAGCAUGAUACAUCAUAAAAUAAAUCACACAACAAAUUUAUACGCAAAAAUAGCACUCAAAAUCCCAGUGAAAGUACUAUUGCAUUUUUCUAGAAAGAACAUAUUGUGCAUUGGGUCCAAAAGAAGUGUCUCCCUUCUGUAUGUUCUGCGAUCCUGAUGAAAUCUUCCUGCAUUGCAUCAACUAUUAAUUUGAUUAAAGGCCAGCAUGCUUCCUUUUGAUGCAGUAAUCAUAACUACUUCUUUGGCCUUUUGUUUUAACUUUCAUGUAAGCUGCAUUCUUUACAUGGUUAUUAUUCUGUUAUAUUGCUUUCACAGGCACUAUCCAAUAAAUGCUCACAGCCCUUCCAAAUAAAGUUCAGACAGCAUUCCAAAACUCAAUGGUUCUGCUAGCUGGGGGAAGCAUUGCGUUUUUCCAAAAAUAACAUGCUGUGUUGGGAAAAUUCAAGUUAUGUUUCCUGUAGGCAGAAUGGCUGGAUCCCAUGUAAUACAGUAAAUAAUCAGUGGUUAUAUAGUUCUUUUGCUAUAAAAGGGGUCUGGGUACCUGAAGUACCACAUUAUUGGAAGAGGGGAGAUUUCAAAGAUCAGAAAAAAUAUAUUUAUCUUUUAUUUUAAGUACUAUGAAACAAAAUUUCUCAACUGGAAUUUCAGCUCUAUUUUUACAGUAAUCAAGAGAGAUUUAUUUGCUACAGUAAUAAAAUGGCAAAAUGACUGCAUGUAGAAAAUAUGCUAAUAUUCCUUAAAAUUGUUAAAUAACAAUAUCAAUAUGCUUUCCUUUUUUGUUUAUUUCACUUAUUAAUAAAUAAUAAAUGUUAUAUAGUACACAUUUUAUUAUACACAUUUCCCCCCUGGAUAAUAUUAUAUAAGCUUUUAGAAAUGCUGCCUUCUAAAAUAAUUGUUCCAUUAUUUUUUAGGCCUGCUUACAAAUGGAUCCUGCAGAUAGGAUAUCAUCUGCUGAUUUGUUACAGCAUGACUAUUUUACCAGAGAUGGGUUUGUUGAAAAGUAAGUGACAUGACCUCAGGCUUUGGAUUUUUCUAUGAGAGCCUUUCAAGAUGAUUGACAUUUUUCAUGACAAAUACAUGCAAAUAAUUUGUUAGGCGUGAGGGAGGAAUCAAAACGUCUCCACCUAUAGUAAUGCUUCUAUUGGUGAGAUACUGCAUAUUCCCUAUGCUCAAAUACUUACUUUUUGGGAAACCAGAUUUUCUUACUAGGUUUGAAAUGCAAAAUACUGCCGUUUCAAAUGUAACUACAGUGGUGCCUCGCAAGACGAAAUUAAUCCGUUCCGCGAGUGUCUUCAUCUAGCGGUUUUUUCGUCUUGCGAAGCAACCCUAUUAGCGGAUUAGCGCUAUUAGCGGUUUAGCGGCUAUUAAAGGCUUAGCGGCUUAGCUGCUAAAAGGCUAUUAGCGGCUUAGCGGCUUAGAAAUAGGGGGGGGGAAAGUGAAAAAAAAUCUCAAGACUCGCAAGACAUUUUCGUCUUGCGAAUCAAGCCCAUAGGGAAAUUCGUCCUGCGAAGCGCAUCGAAAAACAGAAAACCCUUUCGUCUAGCGGGUUUUCCGUCUUGCGAGGCAUUCGUCUUGCGGGGCACCACUGUACUGUGUGAUUGUAACUGUUCAAAUGUCUCAACACCAUGUUGGCCAGUGCUUGAGAUGUGACUGAUGGCUCCUGCAUUAACCAGGAAGAAUUGUGAAUACAGCGGUACCUCAUGUUACAUACCGUUCCCCUUACGAAUGCUGCAGGUUACGCGCUAACCUGGAAGUAGAUGCCCCUUGUUGCAACCUUUGCCCCGGGAUGUGAGUGGAAGUCGUGCUCCAGUGGCGUGGCAGCAGCAGGAGGCGCCAUUAGAGAAAGCACGCCUCAUGUUACAAGCGAUUUCCUGUUAUUAAUGGACCUCCGGAACGGAUUAAGUACGUAACACGAGGUACCACUGUAUACAUUAAAAAGCUCUUAACAACGCUGUGACGAUGUUCAGGAGUGCAAAUGAUUUUGCAAAACAUAGGAGCCAAUCUGAUCCGAUCUUCUAGGAGCCAGCUUGGAAGGAAGAUGAGAUUGAUGUGUCAACUCACCAUCAAGUAGAAGUCCUGCUCUGGUUUGUCUCCACCAUCCUUUUUCCAGGCUAUGCUUAACUGAAAGGUAUCAGGGCUCAAACUAACCUGAAAAUCACAGCCUCAGAAUUGGAGUCCCUUCAUCCAAAGAGUGACUCCUACUUCCAUUUAGGAACCACGGCUGCAAUCUUAAUCCCAUUUACCUGGGUGUAAGAUCCAUUGAAUUCAUUAGGACUUCUGCCGAGACAUGGGUAGGAAUGUGGUGUAACACAGUAGGAGGAGAAAGCCAACUCUCAUACACAUCAGCACACAUGGGAGAAACUUGCUACCUAAGCUCUUCAGUCAGCUGGGUGCCAGGAGCAAUAUUUAGGCACAGGGCAGCUUGGGGGGCCUGUGUUUUUGCACAUCGGAUGCUGUGUAAAUUGAAUUUAAGUUUCUGAAAAUUAACUACUGCUACAAAAAAAGCCCCCACUAUGUACUGCAGCUGUGUCUCUGAAUGAUCAAAGCUCAUUAGAAUCUCCAUCAUUAAAAGAUAAAUGCUCACAAGUGGGGUAGUGUAAAUCACCUUUUGAGAAGGGCAACGGGAUGCACAGAUUUACUGUCACCUACUUCAGCAAGUGGCUGACACUUUAAAGCCUGACAUGGUCAGAAUCUAUUCAGAGGUAGGGAUGUUGUGCAGAACACACACAUCCUAAGUGCUUGUAUAUUCUUGGCUCCAGGUGGCAAUUUGUGUGUUUUUUGGGGGGUGGGGGAGAGCCAGAAGGACAAUCCAUGUGUAGAAGGCUGUUUCCAAUUCAUACAUCUGACUCAUGGAUUUGGACCUUAAGGUUGCAAUUCUAAGGACAUGUAGUUUGAAAUAAAUUCCAUUCAUAUCAAUAGGACUUUAGUACAUGUAUUUUUAGAUCAUUCUGUGUUAUGAUUUUCAGCUAAAUGGACAAUCAGUCACUAUGAUACUGUUUUUCUUGACUUAACCGUCUUGUCAAGCAUUAGGCAAAAAAGAACAAAUUUGUUGCAAAUCUUUCUAGGCAUUUGUUCUGUUUUCUCAAACCUCAAAGGGGCUUUGUUAAAGUUCCAUGUCAAGAAAGAAUGCUUGAUCUUUAGAAUACAAUAAAUAGACCGGUGCAUAAUUUAUGAAGGCUGAAAUAGAACUUGAAAGUUGGAAUAUGGUUUGCAAUGAGAAAUAAACAUUUGACAUGGAACACAAUGCACUUAUAAGCAAGUGGUCUUUAAAGUAUUUGCCUUUAGGGCCACAGCUAAGAUGUAGAACAGAUGUGUUGUGGUUGGCAUGUUUUCUAGUUCUGCUAAAUAUAUUCCAGAAGGGCAGUUGUGUUAAUCCGUUGCAGCAAAAACAACGGAGUCUUGUGGGACCCUAAAGGCUAGCAAAUGUAUUGCAAACCGGCAUAAGCUUUUGUGGACCAUAGUGAGCAUGGUUGGCAUUCUGCGUAGGAUAAACAGGUUGGUGUCUUUGAAAGAUAGUAAAUAGGCAGACCAGAUAACUAAAAUGGCAAUAUGGAAAAGCCAGUGGAGGGAUAUUUCAGACCCAGGCCAUUCUGUGAUGGUUCUUAAGGUAGUCAUCAUUGAACAAAGGAACUUCAAAGGAAGACUGCAACAUGAAACGGUUGAAUCAUAAUACAUCAAGCAAUUCAGUGGUAUCAGUUGUGGAUUGAAUCAGCGUAAAGGAUUUUAACACAUGUGUUAAUUGGCUUCCCAAUGCCUGGAUUAGCAACUACUUUUUGUGAAUGACAACUCAUAAUAUAAUUUACCCAUAAUCUGUACUUUUAAGUAUUUCCUUUCCUUUCCACCUGUUUACACUCCCUCCCCAUUUGAAUCAAACAUAUACCUGCUACCUGGGAUACAACUUCAGGUACCUGAUGAAGUAGGCUGUAGUCCAAAAAACCUUAUGCCAUAAUAAAUGUGUUGUUGUGAAGAUGCCGUAAGACUCUUUGUUGCUGUUCUUGCUACAGGAGACUAGCAUGACUACUCCUCUAGAAUUUGUUUGUAUACGCUUGUUGAUAUAAAUGCACUUUCCAUUAUCAGAUUCUUACCAGAAUUGAAAUCCAAAUUACUACAAGAAGCAAAGUUGAAUUUUCUUUCAAAAUUCAGAGACAAUAAUAAAGAGAUGGAUGAAAAAAGAACAGUUCACAUUAACGUGUCUCAGAGUGGCCCAGUUAUUGUGAAAGUAAGAAUGAUUACUUUUUUUAGAAUGUUUAUUAUUAUUUUACAUGUAGCAAAAACUAUAGGCUAGCAAUAUGCCACCCCACACUGAGUAGUUAGGAGAGCUGCCAUAGAUACCUACAGGUAUACAAUUAUUAUUCCCCAUUAGUUACUUGCUUAUCAUUUUGUACAUAUAUUAGGUUCCCAGAUCCCACUAGUAUAAACAGAAUAAACUAGUGUAAACAGAAUAAACCUGCCUAAUGUACACAGGUUGCAUAAUUUGAUUUGACUUGAGAAUUUUAGCUUACUCUGGGAAUUCAGUCAUAUUAUUAAAUGAAAGGUCAAUGUGAUACUUAUUCACAACAGUUUCAGCCCAUGCCAGUUGCAUUGCAGAGGUGGACUUUGAGCUUCUCAAAGUGGUGCCUGUGCAACACCAACAUUUGGCACCCUCAUGCCUUCUGUUGUUCAUUAUUUUUGGGGUGCCCCUUGCAACACCCUCUCAGCUCAGCACCCAGUGUGGGUGAACUGGUCACACUCCCCUGAAUCUGCCUCUGUUGCAUUGUUUGUCAGCCACACCUGACUUUUAGCAGAGCUGCCAUAGGCUGAAUGAGUUAUAUGUUAUAUAGCCGCCCUGAGCCUGGCCUUGGCUGGGGAGGGCGGGGUAUAAAUAAAAUAUAUUAUUAUUAUUAUUAUUAUUAUUAUUAUUAUGCUGGUCAUGUGAUUGUUGCCUUCACGAUUGAGAUGUGUUGAAUUAAGAUAGUUGGUGUCCCAAAGAAGGAAAAAAGAGGACAUGAGUCUUGUUAUGGUAACAAAGUCUGAGAAGCACUUAUUGGUCUGUUUUAUAAUAUUUGUAUUUUCAGGGCUAUGAACAGUGAGAGAAAUUAAGGAAUGGUUUGCAAUUUUAAGUAGGCCACAGAAUUAAUGACUGUUCUAUUAUGUUGAAACUGUGAGAAUGGAGAAAAUUCCACAACAGUGCAGCAUUACUUUGAAUACUAAUUACUAAUAAGCAAAUUCAAGAUCAUUUUUAGAUUGUGUUCUAGUAUUUCAUAAACAUUUUACUAUUGGCUCACUCAGGAUUUUUCUCUGUGUCCAUGAUCCACAUGUCACUUCCAGGAUUUGACCCAGAAAAUGAAACUGUUGUUCACUUUUGAUUGCCUGACCGUUUGCCUACCAAAGCUACUAAUCUAUAGUUGGUGGAUUGGGGAAUUAUGUAGGGAUUAUACAUCUUUUCCUGUUGAAUGUAUCAAAGAAGAAAUUCAAAGUGAUUCACAUUCUGAAAUGAAUUGGACACUACUGUUUUUCUUUCAACUCCAUGGAUCUCAACUUCCAACUUUUUCUAUAGGAUCAGAAUGUAGGUUAAUAGAAGGAAUUGCUUAACAGUUGUGUGUAUUACCUGUUUUAGGAAAUUGAAAAGGACAAAAAACCAAAGGAGAUGAAGGUCAAAGGGAUCAAAAUGAAAGGGGUGAAAUCUGAAAUCUCAGAGCUGAAAAGGAAUGAACAAGAAGACGCCGUUUCGCAGUGGGCUGCUCUGUCUCAGAAUGCUCUAAACCUUCCUCAUGAAAACAAACUGACAGGCAAUGAUGGCACUGGUCUGGCAGCCGGCACUGACGCUGGUGGGACAAAGGAGGAUUCUCCACAGACACCCACUAUGACAAUGCCACGCAUCAACCCAAACUGUGGAAAUCUUACUGCAAAUUUCAAUUCACACUUCCUGUGCCCUAAUUCAAGGUAUGUAAUGCAAAAGUGAAUGCAGGUGGGGAAUUGGAAUGCUUGGCAAAGAUCAAUUUUUGCUCAAAGUUUUAAAAAGAAACAGUUUAACUGCUGAAUUUAGAUAAGCUAUGUGUGAUUUCUUAUCGAGGAGCUAUCCCUGCCACAGCGUAUGGGGUGGGUGGGGAGAUAUUAAAUAUGGAACAUGCUUAAUAAAAAAUAAAAAUCUAAUGACAUGAGUUCUUAGUUGAGAAUGAAUUUGUUACUUCGUUUAUCUGCUUGUUUAUUAGAUUACCUGAAAAAGCAAAGAAAAGACGAAGUCCUUGGCCACAAGUGUCACAAAUAGGUCCAAAUAACCGUCAAGAAGAAGGGACUAUAUCUCAAGUAAGUGUACAGUUUUAAAGAUCAAUUUGGUUCAUCUGGUUAUGUCUUUGAAGUAUAUUUUUAAGCCAAUGGUUGCAAUUCAGAGAUUGAUUGACAUGCCUAAGGGCCAAAUUUGAUGCAAAAAUAGCAGGCUCUUUCUUUAAACCCACUUGAGCCUGCCAGGUUGUAUAUAAAGCAGGGAGUUUUACUUUUUUAUCAGCAAGGGUUCAGACAUAGAGUUGCUAAACAGUCCCCCUGCAUUAACACUUACCUCUCUGAAGUCCCUACCUACAUGCUUUUCUACUUAGCCCAGCUUUGCUAUGAGAAAUGAGCUUCCGUUUCACCCAUGGGCCCCUUUUGCACUCAGAAUCAGCCUUCCACCUCUGCACACUUGCUGGUAUUACUAGAAAAGCAUUGAGCACUUGUUGAAAAAAUAGCACUAUAUGUGCAGGCUGACAUUCAUACCUUCCUAGCUUCUGGACCACAGCUGUUAAGCUUCAAGUGACUAGACUUACUCCCCCCCAAGAGCUAUACAUAGGUUUUCCCUUUGUUGGCGCUUGCACCCAGGGAAAAGUGAAGGAAGAAGGAAGCUUUAGGCUGAGGACACGGGUGGCGCUGCGGGUUAUACCACAGAGCUUAGGACUUGCCGAUCAGAAGGUCGGCGGUUCAAAUCUCCGCGACGGGGUGAGCUCCCGUUGCUCAGUUCUUGCUUCUGCCAACCUAGCAGUUUGAAAGCACGUCAAAGUGCAAGUAGAUAAAUAGGUACCGCUCCAGCGGGAAGGUAAACGGCGUUUCCAUGCGCUGCUCUGGUUCGCCAGAAGUGGCUUAGUCAUGCUGAUCACAUGACCCGGAAGCUGUACGCCGACUCCCUCGGCCAAUAAAGCGAGGCGAGCGCCGCAACCCCAGAGUCGGACACGACUGGACCUAAUGGUCAGGGGUCCCUUUACCUUUACCUUUAUGCAAGUAGCAAGAUUUUCUGUGAAGGCUGGCUGUAUUUUGACCAAAGAUCACCCUCAGGGCAAAGGAUCUCCUUGUCAAGUUAAAACAACUGACUCACGUAUUUUGGAACCUUCUUCUAAGCACUAGCAUUGCACAACUGUUCCUUCACUCUCCUUUUGUUUUGCUUUUUUUAGUGCUGCUUUUGUCCUCUGCUUUUGCUGUAUUAUUAUUUUAUUUAUAUGGCUACUUACCCCUGAAGGUCUCAAGGUGACUUACAUAGCAAAAAAUAUGCCUUAAAAAACAUACAACGCUAAUAGUGCUCACGCUAAACAUCUCCUACCCCACAAGUUCAUAUCUCCCACCAUAAAAUUCUCACAAGUGAUCACUGUGAAACAGAAAGCAAUGAAAAACCAUAUAUUGAGGAAGCAGAAGACAAAUAUCAACAUUCAAACGCUUGAGUGUACAAAAAAAGUAUUAACCUGGCACUGAAAAUUUGCUAGACCUCCCUGUAGAAAAAGUGUUUUCUCAUGUAAGCCUUAGAAGGAAUACUUGGAGGAGGAUCUCCAAGGACAACCUGAGACUUGAUGCAGAUUUAAAAAGAAAAAGGUGCUCUAUAAUGCAGUCUGGUCCUGGGCUGUAUAAAGCUUUACAGGCUAAAAUGAGCACUUUGAAUUGGGCCUGUAAAGCAACCUAGAAGUCAGUGCAGACAGACAAGCAUGGGUAUUAUAUACUUGAACCUCCUGGUCCCAAUUGUAAGUCUGGCCACUGAAUUCUACAUCAGCUGAAAUUUCCAAGUUCUCAAAGGCAGAUGUCAGCUCCUGAUCGUAAGCAGCUAUGGCACUAAUUGGACAGGGAGCAAAAAGAUGCUCAGCUCCUAGUACAUUACAGCAUCAAUCGGUAAGCUGGCUUGCAAGUGUACACAAGGAUGAGGCUAGUGACUACAGUCACCGAACUGCCUGUUUGCAAGUGGCAAUGGAUGCUGGAGGGGUGGGGCAUCCAAGUCAUUAGCCCCAGAGAUCUCUGCUGGACUUCAUGGGCCAUAGCAAAUGUCCCAGUAUUCUGGGUACUGGGUCUGUUGUAUAAUGUAUAAUGUUCACAAGGUGGUGUGGAAUUCAGUCCAGAUACCUCUACUACUGUUGCUCAAGGGAGUCUUCAGCAGAUAAGAGAGCUGUCAUGCCUCCUUGGUAGAUGUUGUAAACCGAACAGGUGAUUUAACUGUCCAUGGAAAUAAACAAAUAUGUUUGUUGCUGGAUGCUGCCAGCUACUAAGGAAAAAGACCUGUUGAUUUUGUCUGAAAGAUGCAAUUUCUAAUAGUUCUUCUAGCCCAUAAUAGUGAUUUAUUCCUGCCUGGUGAUAUAAGCUUCCUCAAAAGAGAGACUUUAAAGAUUAUUAGUACUUUGUGUCAAGGUCAGAAUCAACUACAUAAAGGCAUAGAUAAGUUGAAACUGUAGCACAGAUGUUAUCUUGGAUACAUACUGAUUCCAUUUUUAGAACCAAAUAGAGAAGGUCUCUCUGUAUGAAAGAGCUGCUCAGAUUGAUCAAAUGGUCACAAUAAACAGAAAGAAACGCAAUAUUUCAAGAUGUGAGAAGAAGGACAUUCACUUCCCAGAGCUAACCACGGGGCAACAGAAAGAACUGAAAGGAAUGGAAAGUAUGCUUGCUAUCUUCUAUAGAUUUUUUUCAGAUAAAUUGUAAGGCUCAGAUGAGUUAAUCUGAAAUGAAACUUAAAUAUCUAUAUAUAAGAUUUGUGGAACAUGCUGCAGAAUUGUGCAGGUUUUUUUAAGGCUUUCUUUUGAUGAGUCAGUUGGAGCAGAUUCCUUCCUUUUCAAAUCAAAAGCUGCAUGCAAAUAGAACUAAAAACAGAAAUCAGCUCAGGGCUGGAAUGUAUGUAAAUGCUGAUUUUUUUUAUUUAUUGGUAUUAGAAAGGGCAGUGAAUUAAAACAUCCCCUUCCCAGUACUGCUGCUUCAUAAAAAGAGACCCUUACUUGGAGCUGCUUUUAAGUAAAUAUUUUAAAAGUUGAAAAAUACUGUCAUGGAUCUUCUGUAUAGAUUUUUCUUUGAAUAACAGAACCCCCACCCCACAUAUCGCAAACUGCUUUUGAACACAACACACACAAAAUUUCAAAAUUUUGCCAUGUAGCUUGAGGUGAGAGGGGAAAUGACUUCCAUUUCAUAAAACUAAGGCUAAGGUUCCUUGGGCCGACAGAACUAAUUUCAGAGUUCCUUGAAUUAUGGCUGCUGUAUUAUGGUUCUGUAUUUGAAGUGAUUAAAAAGGUUGAGUGGUGGUGGCAAGUGUGCAGUUGAAGUGGUGGGUGGGCAUAGCUGAAUGUGGGCAUGGUGGGCAUGGCCUCCGAGAAUUGUGCUCGCAGCUGCAGAAAUUUAUAAAAAUGAAGCAAAGGAACCUCUUCCCAACACCACUUGUUAAACUGAGGGGUGGGUACUCCAUUGCCCCACAAACUUACCAGUUGUCACCAUUAAGAGGUUUUUUUUCUUUUUUAAAAAAAUGUGGAACCCAGAGAAAGGCUGGGAAAAUGAAGUUGAUGGUAUGCAUGACCGCAGCCGGUUCAGCAUAUUACUGAACAUUAUUAUUAUUUAUUAUACCCUGCCUUUUCCCACUUUUCGGGACUCAAAACAUACAAUCAAAACAAAAACUUUCAUCUAUAUAAAUAAAAUCUCAGAAUAGCACAGCAGGACCCCCCUCAUUAAAAGCAAUCAGUUCCCCAAAGCAUGUUGGAACAAGAAGGUCUUACCUGCUAGCAGAAGGACAAGGAGGGAGCCCGUUUAACUUCUCUAGGGAAGGAGUUCUAGAGUCUGGGAGCAGCAUGAGUGCCUGCCUGCCUGCCUGCCUGCCACUGUGAAUCUGUGUUUUUGUAAAAAGCCGGGGUCUGAUGCCCAUCUCUGGUGGUCAUUUGUGGGGUUUGUGGACUACAGGGCCCCAGAGGGUGUCCCAAAGUCAAGAACUAAAAGCACCACUGAAUGAAGUGGCGGGGGGAUUAGUGCUCAAAUAUUUUCCUAUUACCCCAUGUUCAGCAGAAAAAUGCCCCCUUCAGUUGGUUUUUCCCAUGUGGGAGGUCACAGAAUUGUGUUCACAAGAAUCUGAAUUUAAAAAUGAAAGCUUCCAGGAUAUAAUAAGCUCUAAAGCCAAAAAUAACUAGUUAUCUUUCAUUUAAAAAAAUAAAUCAAUUAAAUCAUGGUUUUCUUUGUUUCCUUAUCUAGUGGAUUGUACAUUUUUUAUAAUUCAAACUAGAAAAGUAUACAAAUCUAGAAAUAAUUAGGUAUUUGUUUGUAAAAGUUAAACAGGUAAGAGUGCUGAAGAGGGAGUCAAAGAAAUCUGAAGUAUCUAAAAUACCAUCUUUACUAAAUGUGGAUCAGAAUCGUGAAAAACUUGAGGUAAAUUCAAAUUUCUUAGCCAGCAUAAAAACAUGGAUUCUGUAACUGAACAGUGAGUUAAGUGUGCCUAUGCCAGUUUAAAAUAAUGGAAUUAAAGAUAGCUAACUCUCUGUUGAAUUGUAGUAAAAGAGUUUGUCAAUAUUUGGACAAGGUACAAAUAUUCUUGGACUUAGCUAAAGUAUAUACUUACUGAGUUGUUGAAAAUUAGAGAAUACAUGUAAUAUUUGCAUUCUUUUGUCAGUCAUUUACAAGUAAAUAUAAUGCAUAAUUGCAUUCAAUGGGAACAUUUCCUAGAUAUCUGCUAAAAAGCUGCUGAACUCUUUUUGAAAUAUUGAUUGUAUGUUUAAAAAUGCUUUGCCUUUUUAUUUGGAGGGAGAUAGUUUUAAUUUGAUGAAAAAGUGAGUUUUCACUAAUUGGCUUCUGUCAACUAACCUUAUUUUUUAAUUUAAUAUUUAGAACACAGGAAAUGCAGGAAAUACACCAAAUGAAAACUAGCCAAGUUUGCCCGUGAAACAGCAUGCAUCUUGGGAAGAUGUACAAUGUCUGGAGGAGUAAGACACUUGCUUUUCAAAAAAACUUUUCAUUAAAAAAGUUUCAUGAAUAACUCUGCAUACCAUGUGUAGAUCCUCUAAUAAAGUAUUUUGAAAUGUGAUGGUCACAA